CUUUUUUUUUCCUUUUCUGGGUUACACUAAAUCCCUCAGCAUUAUUAAAGAAGUGUCGCCCACGUUUAGCUAGCUGGUCGCUUUCUUUUUAAGGUAGUUUUGCUAAAGGAACUGACAAAACUUCUUAUCCUUCCCUUCAUCAAAGGCUGGUGACGCUUGAAGCUCAAGUGGGACUGUAUUUUUUUUUUUUCCCAAACACUACAUGUUGCAUAGUGGGAGCGAGGACGAAAAUCCGGUGUUUACUAAUCCCAGCGCGGCUCCCCGAUACUGAGCACCCACGAGGGAUGUGCUGCCAAGGUUGAUGUGGAAAAAAGCUAGAGCGUGUGCUGAGACUUUGCUUUCCUGAAGCAGCCAGCGGCUUCAUCGUGGACUUUUUUUAGUGGAUUCGUAACAUGCUUUUAUGAAUUAAAUUUUGCCACCGUUUGUACAGAAGCCAAAUGACACGUGUGUUUUGAAACUCAGUUCCAAAUAUAUCCAUCCCUGGGCCCGGAUUCUUGCUGCAAAGAGCCGGACAGAGAUCGUCAGUGUCUAAAUAAAUCUGAUUUUACUAUUUUGUGAACAUUGUGCUCCUCAGCAGUGUUGGUGCAGAUUGCUUCAGUGCUGUUCAGCAGAAAGGGGGAUUUUCCAGCUUGCAGGACCCAGGAAACUGGAUACUUUAAGUCACUUAAAUGUUUUAACAGCAUUGGAAAAUGGGAGCUGCUACUAAGUUGGCGUUUGCUGUUUUUCUUAUCUCGUGUUCUUCAGGUGCCAUACUUGGCAGAUCAGAAACACAAGAGUGCAUCUACUACAACGCUAAUUGGGAGAAGGAUAAAACAAACCGCAGUGGCAUUGAACCUUGCUAUGGUGAUAAAGAUAAAAGGCGACACUGUUUUGCUACGUGGAAGAAUAUUUCUGGAUCCAUUGAAAUUGUGAAACAAGGUUGCUGGCUAGAUGACAUCAACUGUUAUGACAGGAAUGAUUGCAUAGAGAAGAAGGACAGCCCUGAAGUGUUUUUCUGUUGUUGUGAAGGCAACAUGUGCAACGAACGUUUCUUCUAUUUUCCAGAGAUGGAGGUCACCCAACCAACUUCCAAUCCUGUUACACCUAAGCCACCUCUGUUCAAUACCUUGCUCUAUUCGUUGGUGCCUAUAAUGGGAAUUGCCGUGAUUGUCCUCUUCUCGUUCUGGAUGUACAGACAUCACAAACUAGCGUAUCCACCUGUGCUCGUUCCGACCCAAGACCCGGGGCCGCCGCCGCCGUCGCCGCUGAUGGGCCUGAAGCCUUUGCAGUUACUGGAGAUCAAAGCCAGGGGACGGUUUGGGUGCGUGUGGAAGGCGCAGCUGCUCAACGAGUACGUGGCCGUCAAGAUAUUCCCUAUCCAGGACAAGCAGUCAUGGCAGAACGAAUAUGAAAUCUACAGUCUCCCUGGAAUGAAGCACGACAACAUUUUACAGUUCAUUGGUGCAGAGAAACGAGGCACCAGCAUCGACGUAGAUCUCUGGCUGAUCACAGCGUUUCAUGAAAAGGGGUCAUUAACAGACUUUCUCAAGGCCAACGUGGUUUCUUGGAACGAACUGUGUCACAUUGCUCAGACUAUGGCUAGAGGUCUGGCUUAUCUUCACGAGGAUAUUCCGGGGCUAAAAGAUGGACAUAAACCUGCCAUCUCGCACAGGGACAUCAAAAGCAAGAAUGUGCUGCUGAAAAAUAAUCUUACAGCUUGUAUUGCUGAUUUUGGUCUAGCUUUAAAGUUUGAGGCUGGAAAGUCUGCAGGGGAUACGCACGGACAGGUGGGCACGCGCAGGUACAUGGCUCCCGAGGUGCUGGAAGGCGCCAUCAACUUCCAGAGGGAUGCGUUCCUGCGGAUAGACAUGUACGCCAUGGGCCUGGUCCUGUGGGAGCUGGCGUCGCGGUGCACGGCCUCCGACGGCCCCGUGGAUGAGUACAUGUUGCCGUUUGAAGAGGAAAUUGGCCAACAUCCCUCCCUCGAAGACAUGCAGGAGGUUGUAGUCCAUAAAAAGAAGAGACCCGUUUUAAGAGAGUGUUGGCAAAAACAUUCUGGCAUGGCCAUGCUCUGCGAGACCAUCGAGGAGUGCUGGGAUCACGACGCAGAAGCCCGGCUCUCAGCGGGCUGUGUGGAAGAGCGCAUUAUUCAGAUGCAAAAACUCACUAAUAUUAUAACCACAGAGGACAUCGUGACUGUGGUCACAAUGGUGACAAAUGUUGACUUUCCUCCCAAAGAAUCCAGUCUAUGAUAGUUGCACUGGUCACGUGCCUGACCAACCGGACUCUUCACUGGAGCUGCUAAACCUGGCGAGACUGCUCGCGUCGUUACUGAUUUCUGUGUGGAAAGGACGGUAAGUCUCUCUGGAACAUCCUCAAGAGGUGGUUUCUCCUUGAUUUUUUUCCCUUCCUCUCCUCCCAAACAUGGAUCCGUGAGACUUUUGGCAUUCCCUGCUCACACCUGAAGGAUGUGUGACUGAGAAAUGGUAACGUUAUCGAGGAACUUAAAUGAAGAAUAUGGACCUGUACUGGCUAAUCACGUGUUUUAAAAACUGACAUCAGAUUUCUUAAUGUCUGUCAGAAGAGACUAAUUCCUUAAAUGAACUACUGUUAUUUUUUUUAAAUCAAACAUUUCAUUUCAGAUUUAAAAAAGGGUAACUUGUUUUUAUUGCAUUUGCUGUUGUUUAUAAAAAUGACUAUUGUAAUGCCAAUAUGACACAGCUUGUGAAUGUUUAGUGUGCUGCUGUUCAGUGUACAUAAACAAAAGUAAUCAAGUGGGAUAUAGCAAAGAGGCUUCCAAGUAUUACUUAACCUCCCUCAACAAGGUAUACCUCAGUUCCACCUCUGCUAAAUUAUGAGAUUGACAACACUAACAAAAUUUGAAUAAUAAAUUGAUCCAUGUUUUGUAAAUGAUGUAUUUCAAAUUCACUGUGUUAUUUAAAAAGGGUAAGCUAUGCUUCAUGCCAACAGUAAAUGGCCAUUCCUAAAGCAGUGUUUUUAGCCUUUUCUUGUGCUAGCUUGUUGUGUAUAAAAAAAGAAAAAGUGCUGUUUAUUGAAACAAAAUUUUUCUUCCUCUUUUUAGUUGAUUUUUUUUCCUCUUACCUCCAUUUCCCAGAAUAUCUCAUGCAUUUAUUUAACUGAAUACUAGUUAGGUUUGCUGUGUCUGAGGAAUAUUUGAAAACUUAAGCAUGACUUUUUUUAAUUUUCUGUGAGCUCUGACACUGGAAGGCUCUUAAUUCUUAUUCUUUUUCUAACAAGUCUUUUUCCUAUUUAUGUUUGUGAAAAGGUCUCUGCCCGCGUGUCUUCUGUCUCCCGGGGCAGGGGGCGGUGGGCUCUGCAGCCCUGUUUCAGGGUCACCUCAGGAAGCUCAGGUACCCCAAACUCCUUCCUCUGCUUUGAGGUUCACGGCCUCGCUCUGCUUCAAGCUUGGUGCCAUCUUCCUGGAGUGCUGUUUAACGCCUGGAAUACGUAGGUUUCUCCCCAAAUCCAACUGAAAAUCACAGCCACCGAUUUCAGAUUUCGACUGCUUACAAAAGUCAGGGACAACUCGGUUACGCUCGUAACUUAAAAUAUGCACUGGCUGUUCAGAGGUAACGAAUACCACCACGUGUAGCACAGAUGCACAAAGAAAUGAGGACAAACAUUGGAACUGCUUUAAGCACUCCAACGCUCCUUGAGCGGUUAGGAAGUCAUGCCUUAUAUUUCACGGAGCAGUGACGGGCAGGUAGGUGCCAAAGCGCUCUGUGGCAGCGGGAUCCCUGCCCUGCAUGCCCGUCCUGCCCCCUGCAGCGUCACAAACCUGCCCCGUGCAGGGCUGCCCUGCUCGCCGGCCUCGUUGGGCACCACGUGUUCUGCCCCUGCUGCUUCCCCAAGCUCCCUGCAAAGGGUCUUCGUCACGCUGAUCCCUGCACGCGGGAGCCCCGCUUGCUUCUAUGUGAAUCUCGGGGAAGGAGAAGGGAUGUGAUGGUGAAACGGGAGUUAGGAGGGCUUGGGAGCAGCAGCCGGACGGGGAACGCCGCAGUGUCCUGCUCGCCCCGUGCUCUUGUCUUGCCGCUGGUCACCUCUUUGCCUGAGGUUUCACGCAGCCCUGUCCUGGAGGGUCAGCACAAGCUGCUGUCGGGGUUCAGCUUGGUUAUAAAAUGAAAAAAAUAUCCAGUUUGUGGCCACUUUUUGGGUUGACACUUUCAUUUUGCUUCCAUUUUCAGUCCAGGGAUGUUUUUCUGUGCACAGCAGGGCCUAGGACUAGCUGAUGAGUUCUGAACAAAUCCAAAUCCACUUGUGCUUUCCUGCCACCUUGUGUCUCCUCCUGAGCUGGACCCCGUUCCUAGCAAGGGCGCAGUGGGCGCUGGUGCCUUCACCAGGCCGGGAAUGGGCCCUGCGCCCAGGGGCUCAGCCG